AUGGUGACGAAAAUGAAAUUUGGGCGAAAGCAGAAAUGGUUAUUUAUUAGCCUUUUUCUAUAUUCUGCUUUGUAUUUAAAAAAUGUUUUUGCUACAGCAGAAAAUCGAAGGAUUUUUCUAAACAGGGUCUCUCCAAACGAAGCAGUGCAAAAAGACACUACUCCAUGUUUCAUUAAAACUAUUCCUGUUUUAAAUCGUUUGGAGUGUGCCUAUAGAUGCGUUAACCAUCUUCCGGACUGUGCAACUAUUUAUUAUAAUGACGCCACGAAACUUUGCAGACUUCUCAGAUGUCGCCCAACAGAUAAACUGGUAAACAAAAACCUGGUAGGGAUCCCUUCUGGAUGGGAGUUAUUGGAGGACACUGAAGCGUGUAAAAGUGGUUGGGCUCUCUUUGCUGGUCAUUGUUACUAUUACAGUACAAUUGGAACAACAUGGAAGAAAGCUGAGGCAUUUUGCAAUGGUAGCAGCGCCUCCCUGAUAGAAAUCUAUUCUCAAACGGAAGAGGAUUGGAUAAAAAAUUCAUUCCUUUUGCCCGAAACCGGAGUUAAAAUACAAUGUCCAAAGUAUUGGAGCUGCUCUCUUUGGAUCGGUGCUUCGCGCAACCCUAUAACCUCCAAAUUUUUAUAUAACAGCGGAAAACCAAUUGUCCACCCAAAGUGGGGCUUAUUUCAACCAAAUAAUGAGAAUGGAAUUGAAAAUUGCGGCUUGUUGUUGCGAUCAGGAGAACUUCACGACGCUGGUUGCAUUGUUUCUGAUUUCCAUUAUAUCUGUAAAACGAAAAAUGAUGUGUUAUAA